AUGGCUUCAACAAGAAUUUGUUUAUGCCUCUUAUUUAUGAUUAUUACACAAUCACUUGGGGAAGAUAUACGAUCAAUGGAAAUAUCUUUAAUGAUUGAUUCCAAGUUUCAAUGUGCGAAUACAACUUGUUUACCAUUCGUUAAUGUUAUUUCAACAGACAUUAGGAAUUGUCAAUUUGCCUGUUUAGGUCAAAGUCAAUGCACAGCAGCUACUUUUCAUCAAUCAACUUCUGAUUGUGAAUUAUUUGAUAAUAUGGUGAACCAAAAUGGAAAUGUGUUGAUUGAUGCGGACACUAUUAGUAUGAGUGUUAUUAGUCAAACACGAUUUCCAUCAGGUCAGUAUUAA